UUCACUAUGUCAUGUCUGUUGUAAAACAGAAUACCUACAGCACAUGGAACUUGAGCAGAGCUGGUUGCUCACAUUUUCAGUCUCCUUGGGCUUCUUCAGGCUGCUUGUCAGUGCAAAUGGAGCUGUUGUGAGGAAGCAAUAUCAUGUGUGUAAUUUUUAAAUUGGAGAGAAUGCUUUGCUGUGAUGUAACAAAUGUAAGGAGACUUACCAAGGUCCAAUUUAAGAACUAAUUGGUGGCAUUAGGAAUUUUUUUUCUUUUCAUGUCCUAGAACAGUUUUUUUAAAUUUUCUUUUUUUAUUUGUGUGUGUCCAGUUAGUGAUAACCCAGUGAGAAUGAAUAUGAUGACUUCUUCUGCCCUAUUUUAGUUUCACAUGUUUAAGAGCCAGUUUUAUUCCUUCUCUCCUUCCCAGUGAUCUGCAUUCUCAAGUUCUUGGUUAAAGGAGACAAAGUGAAAUCCUUCCUUGAGGUGGCCGAUAGCACUUGCAGAGCAAAAGAGUGAAGACUUACGAAUUGCCUGAUGGUAUGAGGACCUCUGGUGCAGACAACAGGACUUGGGCAGAGUACUUUCCUUUGAGUCCCAGUCACUUACCUCUGUGGAAUAAGGCUGCACUUUAUUUUUAAGAAGCAUUAUGAAUGCUUCAGAUUUGCAAGACUCUUUUGAUUAUCUAUUGAGAAAAAAUAAACUGGUCAUGAUCAAGCGUUUCCAUUUUGUGGAUGAAGCAUUCUGAAUGUGUUAAUCUUUACUUCUGCUUCUGGGACACAAAAUUUGUGAAAAACUUCAGUGUGUUUUUUUUUCCCACAUGCAUAUGGUUGGAGUGAUAGCAAAAUGGCCUCCACCAGGUGUUUCCAGGUGACUCACAGCAAGUUUGUUACCCUGUGUAUGGAGGAUGGCCCCCAGAGGAAAAAACGGAAGUCUGAAGUUGGAGAAGUGGACAAGCAGUUAGAUAUCCUGGCUAUUGGUACAGCAGUUGGUAGCAUUUUGUUGUACAGCACAGUAAAAGGAGAAUUACAGAGCAAACUAGAUGGUGGUCACGACAGUAGAGUAAACUGUGUGAGAUGGCAUCAAGACAGCUGCUGCUUGUAUAGCUGUUCAGAUGAUAAACACAUCGUGGAAUGGAACACACAGACCUGCAAAGUAAAGUGUAAGUGGAAAGGUGACAAUAGCAGUGUCACCUGUCUAUGCAUCAGUCCAGAUGGAAAAAUGCUGCUGUCAGCUGGUAGAACUAUAAAACUGUGGGACUUGGAGACCAAAGAAGUCUACAGACAUUUCACAGGCCAUGCUACAUCAGUGUCAUCAUUAAUGUUUACCACAGUGAAACCUAUGAAUGAAAGUAAACCCUUUGAUGGAAUUACAGGACUUUAUUUCUUGUCUGGAGCUAUACACGACCGAUUAUUGAGUGUGUGGCAGAUCAGAUCAGAUAGGAAAGAAAAGAAUGCUGUGAUGUCUUUCACAGUAACAGAUGAACCAACUUUUGUUGACCUGACUGUAUCAGAAGUCAAAGAGGAGCCUGUGAAGUUAGCAGUUGUGUGCAGAGAUGGGCAGUUGCAUUUAUUUGAACAUAUCUUGAAUGGGUAUUGCAAAAAGCCCUUAACACCAAGCUCUACUAUUCAGAUAGCAACACCUGGGAAUGAUGGGGACUCAACACCGAAACCAGUCCCUAUUCUAGCAGCUGCAUUUUGCAAAGACAAACAAUCUCUGCUGCUGGUGUAUGGAAACACCUUACAGCCCAUCAUAGAGAAAGUGGUGAAGACACCUGUUGUGAACUCGGACACCAAAGUUCUAGUGCCUGGCAUUCCAGGACAUAGUACAGCUGUCAAAACUCCAGCCUUGGGAAAGGAGAAAAAGAAAAACAAGAGGAAACCAGGAGAGACAGAGGAGAGCAUUGAGGAGCGCCUUGGGGCACUGGAUAUUGAUGUGAGCAAAGUCAAAACUCCAGGUGGCCUUCCCCAAACAGACAGCUUUGCCGUGCUGCUGGUUCAGGGCUUGGAAAGCAACGAUGCAGAAAUCUUAAAUAAAGUGCUUAACACAAGAAAAGAAAAUAUAGUAAAGAACACAGUAGCCAGAAUGCCUAUACAUGCUGUCAUUCCAUUGCUGCAUGAGCUUACAAAGAGAUUGCAGGGCAACCCAUACAGUGCCUCACUAAUGGUUCGAUGGCUGAAGUCUGUCUUUACCCUACAUGCAUCCUACCUUUCCACAUUGCCAGACCUUAUUCCUCAGCUGGGAAUGUUAUACCAAUUGAUGGAGAGCAGAGUAAAAACUUUGCAAAAGCUUUCCCGUCUGCAUGGAAGACUCUUCAUUCUUGUCACCCAGGUUGCAGCAUCACAAAGAGUUCAGGAUGUACCCGAGGUUAAUCAGACUGCAAAGCUGGUCUAUGAGGAUGACUCCUCGGAGGAAGAAGGCUCAGAUGAUGAGAUGAUUGCAGAUAAAGACUCUGAUGAAAACUGGGAUGAAGAUGAAGAAAAAGAGGAGCAAUCUGAUGAACAAGACAUGACUGUUGAAAAGGAAAUCAAUGGUGAUUCUGAUUUGGAACCAGAAAACGAAAGUGAAGAAGAAUAACAGCACGAAAGAGUAAUUUUAGCGGUUUGAGCAAGUGGACCACCAAGCUCUUUGAUUCUGGAUCCUGUUGCUGAAAGAUGCUGUAUUUGCAUAUCAGGAGUGCAGAGCACUGCACAGCCUGUGUGCAGAGGCACCUGUGGGGCACUGCAUUUCUGAAUCCAGAAUGUUUAACCGUGCCAGCCUUCUCUCGCCCUCCUUCCCUGCGCUUACUUAGACAAACAUUUCCUCCACCUCCUGGUCAGAUUAUGCCUGUCAUGUGGACAUGCAUUUGUAUCUCAAGUGAAAUAAAUCUGCCACCGCUGUUUGUGUGGGAAACUUUGUUCAGCUUUACAUUGAAUUUGUUUCAAAUAUUCAAGGAUCAAAGACAACUGGUCUAUACCUUAUUUCCAUGUUUCAGUUAGCAAUAGCAAGUGGGCAUCCUUCUGAUUUUUUUUUUAAAAAGAAACAGAAAAAAGAAAAAAAAAUAUUUUUGUGAUAUUUAAAUUCUGUCCUGAAAUUCUUUUCUUCCCUCCUUUCAUUGGCUUAGCCAUACUUUGGCAAUAUGUAAAUGCCAACCUGACUUAAAAGUGGGUUUUUCCUUUUUUUUUAACAAAUUUGAACUCAAGAUUUUUAUAUGUACAAAUCAAUGACUUUUCUUGUGCUUUAAAAGGACAUUAGAACUAUCACUGGCUCCUAAUUUUGUUUUAAUGGAGGCUGUAUAUGAAUUUAAUGCUAACCCAGAGGACAGACCAUGUUGAGUCGGGUGGGGAGAGGGGAGUGACAAAGGGAAGGGAGAAGGUGAAUGCUUGUGAAUACAUAGCACAGAGCUAUACUUUUCUUAUGGAUUUUUAAUCUCUCAGUGGCAGAACAAGGACAGUUACUUGCUCAGCUAAUGGAAGCUGAAGUGGUGCAAACACGUUUUUAAGAGCAAAACAAGGUAAAGGUUUGAGCCAUUCACCACUAUAAUGUACAAUAAUAUAUUUGUCUAUAAAUGGA